AUGACUGUCGACGCAUAUGAUCACCCGACGGCCUUUCGAACGAGGCGCACAGAUGUCCUCAUCGUUGGUGCCGGCCCAGCUGGGGUUAUGGCGGCUGCAACACUUCAGAGGUACAAUGUCGACUUUUGUGUAAUUGACAAACGGCCUACGAGAACUCAAACCGGCCAUGCGAGCGCAUUUCAGCCUCGAACGCAAGAGAUAUUACAGACAAUGGACUUACUUCAUGACCUUGACGGCAAAGGCCAUCGUUUGACUGAAACAUCGUUUUGGAUGCGCAAUGGCACGGGAGUGCUCAGUCGGAGCUUCACUGGCGCAGAAGUUAUUCACCCCACACCCUAUCAGUAUCUGUUCAAUACGGACCAAGGUAUGACUGAAGACAUUUUCGAAAAAUACCUCAAGUCGCAAGGGCAAUGCAUACACCGGUUCAUGGAGUUGUUACACUAUGAAUACAACUACAAUGAUCAUGAAUGGCCGGUGACUGCAUACAUCAAGAACAAUGCCAGCGGAGCGAUCGAGGCUUGGCUCACAAAGUACAUUCUGGGUGCCGACGGAGCACGAAGCGCAACACGCAAGGCUACCGGGAUAAAAACGACUUCCCAAGGCGGCGAGGUGGAAUGGGCCGUGGCAGACGUCCUGGUCGACACGAACUUCCCAGACUAUCGUCGCCGCUGCGCUAUUCAAACACCAGAUGGUGGUUGCAUGCUCAUUCCACGAAAGGAUGAGGGUCUUCGAAUAUUCCUGCAGGUCCCGGACAAUGGCGCUCGCACUGCUGCAAUAGGAACAAAUGGGCAUCCAACGCACAACACUCUCCUGGAUGACGCCGCGUUCAAGUUGACAAGCCUUGUCCAAUCGCACAUCAACAAAGUCAUCCAUCCUUACAAGAUGGACGUGACAGACAUCGUCUGGAUCAGCAAGUAUCACGUGUCUCAGCGUGUCGUUCACCACUUCAUUGAUCACGGCCAACGCGUCUUUCUGCUCGGCGACGCCUGCCAUACACACAGUCCCAAAGCCGGCCAAGGCAUGAAUGUCAGUAUCUCAGACGCCUACAACUUGACCUGGAAACUGGCCUUGGUGCUCAAGGGCCUUGCCAGUCCCAUCCUGCUGGAGACGUACGAACUUGAGAGGCUUGAGAUUGCGCAACAGGUCAUUCAGUUUGACGCUGCGUUUGCCCGUCAAUUCGCCCAAAAGGACAAGUUUGAAGAUCAUAGUCUCCGAGCAACAUGGGAGAUGGGGCAUGGAUUCACCAGCGGAUGUGGCUACCAGUACCCUGCAAACCUGGUCGUCGACCCCGAGAUGGGCUCCAGGGUCGAUCUGUCAGCCGAUGAACCUCUGGUGCCGGGGAAGCGUCUACUCCCUGUGAGCCUCGUCCGCCACAUUGAUGGAACUCACGUGCGCCUGCUCGACGUCAUGCCAUCCAACGGAAGAUUUCACAUAUUCGUCUUUGCUGGCCAUCGGCUUCUUUCGCCAGCCGUCCAGCAAUUGGGCGAAUCUCUUUGCUUCCCCGAGUCUCCGUUGAGACUGUUCAAUCAGACGUUUUAUGACAAACUGCCUCGUUUCCGGCACGAGGACAUAACCACAACGACCAUCCCAGCGGCAAACAGAGGCUACGUGAUUGACCUGUUCUUGAUACAUGCAAUGAGCCACGCAUCAAUCGACUUGGAAGAUCUUCCGGAGCCCUUUUCGAGCGAGUGGCUGAUGAGAGUGUACGCCGACAGCCACGGUGCAGCACACCGUCAACUAGGAGUUUCGGACGAGCAUGGCGCACUGGUGGUUGUGAGGCCAGAUGGGUACAUUGGGUUGGUAACUGGGCUGGAGAAACUUGGCGAUGUGACUGCAUAUUUCGACAAGUUCAUGCUCAGACGGACCCCCAGAGACGACUAUGCAUCAUGUCGUGAAUAG